AUGGGGGACAUCAGGCUGCAGGCGGAGGCCAUGAGUUGCCUGAAAGAAAUUAAAACGCGCGAGCAAGCCAAGUCCUACCGCCCAGCGUGCCAGCGCGCGAGUCCCGCUGAGAGUUUCAAGGGGCAAAAGAGAAGGCAAGGAAAAAACAGAAGCCCGGAACCAUUCGCGAAACGACCUUCCGAAAUUUCCACCUGCCUGCGCAGGCGUUCGUGUUUGCAAACGAACGUAGAGAUCUCGUGCCUGCGGAGCACGGCAUUGACGCGGCCGGGUGGCAUCCCUACCAUCAAGCUGGCAUCCCUGUCCUUCCCGUACUGUUCCCCAGUGACACAGCGCCAAGGUCCUUUCGUGAAUGCUGACAAUCUGCGUUCAUCCCGCCAGCAGUCCUUUCCAGAGAGCUCUGCCAAAAUGAAUGAGCGGAUCAGCGAACUGAAGAGGUCCCUGUACGCCUUAUUCUCACAGUUUGGUCAUGUGGUCGACAUUGUGGCGUUAAAGACUAUGAAGAUGAGAGGACAGGCUUUUGUUAUAUUUAAAGAACUUGGAUCGUCUACCAAUGCUUUGAGACAACUACAAGGAUUUCCGUUUUAUGGGAAACCAAUGCGUAUUCAGUAUGCAAAAACAGACUCUGAUAUCAUCUCUAAAAUGCGUGGUACUUUUGCUGAUAAGGAAAAAAGGAAGGAAAAGAAGAAGGCCAAAUCUCUGGAGCAGUCAGCAAAUGCAGCAAAUAAAAAGGUUAUCCAGGGAGCAACACAAAAUUCAGCCAAUGCCCCAGGGACUGCAGCACAGAAUCAGCAGGUGCCUGAUAACCCACCAAACUAUAUCCUCUUCCUUAAUAACUUGCCUGAGGAAACAAAUGAGAUGAUGCUGUCCAUGUUAUUCAAUCAGUUUCCUGGAUUCAAAGAAGUUCGCUUAGUGCCUGGGCGCCAUGACAUUGCAUUUGUGGAGUUUGAAAAUGAGAAUCAAGCAGGAGCUGCUCGAGAUGCUCUCCAAGGAUUCAAGAUCACUCCGUCUCAUGCCAUGAAAAUCACUUACGCGAAGAAAUAACCAGAUGUUCCUAUAAAGGACUUCUGCAGAUGUUUUCUUAAAUACGAUGAUAACUUUGAUCAGCUAGCAUUUUGCUGUUCUCUGCGGAAAACUUAAGACUUGUGUAAAAUUGCCACAACAGACAGACGUAGGAUUUGUGUGGAUCUACUGGAUAGUAAAUUUUUGUGUUGAAAUACUAAUUUUUAUAAAAUAAAUUCGGUUUGUGUUGUUUUC